AGGGCCAGAGUGAAAGUGAAGUAGAGGCGACAUCUGAGAGUGCUGGGGUCAGCCUAGCCUGCUCCCAUCCCUGCCACUGCUGUUAGUCCAUAUAUAGCUCCUGACAACUGGAACGUCCAGCUCUUCUCCCCACCCCCACCCCCGUCACAUUUCUGCUUCUGAAGCUUGAGCACAGCUCUUGGCCACCACUGUGGUCUUUGGGCACCCACUGCAACAGGAUGGCAGAGAAGCAGGAGGAGCCCCAAGCCUCCCAGAAUGGCGAAAAGGCUGAAAAUGCAGAAAAGGCUGAAAAUGCAGAAAAGGCUGAAAACGCAGAGAACCCAGAGAACCCAGAGGAGGCUGAAAAGCCGAAGGAACUGGAGGAGCUGCCACCAUUUGAAAUUGUAACAGGGGAGCGGUUUCCAGCCUUCUUUUUCAAAUUCCAAUUCAAGAACGUAGAAUACAGUUCAGGCAGGAACAAGACAUUCCUGUGCUAUAUCAUAGAGAUUCAAAGCAAGGAGCCAAAAACCAUACGGGGCUAUUUGGAGGACGAACAUGCAGCAGCCCAUGCAGAAGAUGCUUUCUUCAACACCAUCCUGCCCACCUGUGAGUCUGGUGUACGCUACAAUGUCACCUGGUAUGUCUCUUCUAGCCCCUGUGUUGGCUGUGCUGAUCAAAUAAUUAAAGCACUGCAGAAGAAUAAGAACCUGCGACUCUCUAUCGCAGUGAGCCGUCUCUUCAUGUGGGAAGAACCCGAAAUCCAAGCUGCUCUGAAGAAAAUGAAAGUAGCUGGCUGUAAACUGAGGAUCAUGAAGCCUCAAGACUUUGAAUACAUCUGGAAGAAUUUUGUAGAACAGGAGGAAGGUGAGGAACCAAAGCCAUUUACACCCUGGGAGGACAUUCAAGAGAACUUCUUGUAUUAUGAAGAAAAGCUUGCUGAAGUUUUGCAUUGAGGUUCAUGAGAAAUCUGCCAACACUACGGAGAGACAAGCAUGAUAUAUUUUGACAUCUGGGACUUCCCCUUCAGUCCUCCAGAGCCACUUUGAAACAGAAAAACAACACCAGAAGUCUCUAGUUGACAUACCGCCAUUCUGAUAGACUAAAAAUACA